CAACAAUACCUUUGAUUUUGUCCACCUCGGAAGCCUUAUUUAACCAUGAGCUGCGACUACCUUUUUUAACGCCAGCCAUGGCAACAUUUGUACCUGUUCCUUUGCCACCAUCCAGCCAGUUGACGGAUGCCUUCGUCAAGUCACAGCUAACAAAAUGGGACCUACUGCGGAACAUGAAAUACAUGGUUGUGCGGUACACAAAGCCGUACCACAAGAUGCAGGGCCAGGAGCUCAUAACAGAUAUGCUGAAUGACCCCAAAGUCCAAGAGGCCUUCCAGGUGCUCCGCUCAGGCGGCAAAUGGACAGGGCUAGGUGGCAGAGUUACUCGUGUGGAUGCGAACGUCGUGACAGCAUCCCUAACCCGACUGGACAUCUUUGACAAGUUGAACGAGUCCUCACCCGCAAUCGUGCGUCCUAAUGGGGACAUUGCCAAGUGCAUGGACAACGUGCGGGAGGGCUUCCAGAUUUCCGACCUGCUCCGUGACCUGCUGCUGAAUGAGGACUCGGAGAACGCAGGGCUGUACUCGGCAGAGGAGCGCGACGAGCUGCUGUGGCGGCUGUUCGAGCACAUGGUGCUUGGAGGGUCCUGCUGCCAGUUCGAGGACAAACUAGAGCCGUACGUGGAAACAAGCAAGCGGCUAUACAAGGAGCUUGUCAGUGCCCUUAAGGACCCCGGCACCGGGAAGAUUCACGUCGCGUCCGUCGUCUAUAAAGUCAACGCAGUACAUGGCGAGUCUGGGCCACUGGAACUGUUCCCCAGCAAAUCACGACAGAACUUUUGCUACGUGUCCAUGGACCCCUCCCGCCGCCUUGCCAAGAUCCUCUACCAUGCCUAUGUGCCGUACUGGUAG